AUGUCCCAAAAGAUCGGAAGAACCUCUCUAGCGUUCGCCAGACUAUGGCACCAUGUUGAUGUCGCCCAAGAAACUAGAUCAGUUGGUCGUCUAGCAUCCUCCAUUGCCAUCACAUUGAUGGGUAAACACAAGCCAGUAUAUCACAACUCCAACGACAUGGGUGACUAUGUUGUUGUGACAAAUUGUAAAAAAUUAAGAGUCACGGGUAAUAAAUUUGAAGAUAAAGAAUACUGGAAACAUAGUGGUAAACCAGGUCAUUUAAUAUUGACCCCAAUGGAGAAAAUUGUUGCUGAUAAAGGUUUUGGUGAAGUUUUGAAAAGAGCUGUGAGUGGUAUGUUACCAAAGAACAAAUUACGUAAACAUAGAUUGGAUAGAUUGAAAGUAUUUGAUGGUUCAGAUCAUCCAUAUAAACAAAAUCUAUAUGCUGUUCAUGACCAACAACCUCUUGUUAGAGAAAAAUUACAACAAUUGGAAAGCAAAAAUUCAAAAUAAGAGAGAACCAUCAAAAGACGUACCAUGUAAAUUAGUUAUAAACCUCUAGAAGGUCAAUGUAUAUAGGCAAAUUAACAAAAAUAAGAAACUUUAUUCAUUACAGAUCAGUAAUUGUCAUUAAAAUCUCUUUUAUUAUUUUCCUA